AUGAGAUGCAUCCAUGCAACAGUUGUUGCCAGCAAGAGUAUUGUCAUGAAAAUACAGCCAUUCACCUACUCUAGACACAGGAGACUGAGUACCCUUUCACAGCCUGUAUUAAAGAAACAGCCAAAGUAUCCCAUUUCAAUCCCUAAAAAGAAAGCAUCACCCAUGGCUAAAGGCAUUGGAGUCAUGCUGGGCUUGUAUUGUGUUGGACUAGUGGCUAUAUGGGGCACAGUGGAUGAGAAACAGACAGAAACCAAGCUACUGCAAAAGGAAAGGGCUCAGUUGAUACAUGAUAUAAAGACCAGGCAAUCGGAAUCUACAUCCAAAUGA